AUGGCAGAUAUGGAGAGUAGUGAGAAGGGGACGAAAGAAGAGGACCAGGAGUAUAUUCCAUCUUCUCCACUUGAACACUAUUCCGCCGUCUCGUCGCCUCCGUCGAGGAGAAAAGUCAUGUCUCGGUAUUUGAGAUCCCUUUUCCUGUGUUUUCCUUUUGCAAGUGUCGUACGCCCUCGAAAACACUCGUCAGAGCAAGAUAAGAGCAAGAACAAGGAAAAGACUGUUCAAACAAAUACGAUAGAAUCAAGUGAGAUAAGGGAUGGCCACAAACCGUCAGAAACUUCUAAGACCUACAAACCCUUGCCGUAUGACGACUCCAUUCGACUCCUCCGCAUUGAGCCUGGUGAAUCCGAACAGGAUUUGAUACUCAGUCUUGAACCUGCACGACUUGACAACACACUGCCUGCCUACGAAGCACUAUCAUACGUGUGGGGCGUGGAAGCCGGCGAGCAGGUCACUUGCAAUGGAGAGAGCAUGAAAGACAUCACAGUGAACCUCUUCAACGCGCUGAAAAGAUUGCGGCACAAGAACAAAACCAGACUUGUUUGGUGUGACGCCCUAUGCAUCGACCAGCAAAAUCCAACAGAAAAAGGUCUUCAAGUGAGGAAGAUGCACCACAUCUAUGCCCGAGCAGAGAAAGUACUCGUCGUCCUUGGUCUAGAUGAAGAAGGACACGCCGAGGGGGCGUUUGGCGUCCUCUGUUCGCUGGUCAACAACAAACCACCAAGUCAACAACCUACCUUAACCUCCAAGAACAAACAUGCCAAAUCAGCAGUUUACGAAAACAUCGACUCGACUCACCAAAUUCACAUCCCGGCGCAACUUCCUCGCCUUGGAAAUCCCAUCUGGAUAAAAGUUAUGAUCCUCUUUUGCAAUACCUGGUUUCGACGCAUGUGGGUGAUGCAAGAAAUCGUUCUCGCGCAGCACGCCAUCGUAAUCUGGGGAUCCUGCUCCCUGUCCUGGGACAUUGUUGGACGCGCCAUAGACUGUAUACGCGAGCACACGUAUCUGCAUGCAGUCCUCGAGACAAGAAGUCUUCAAAACGCAUUCUUCAUGUGGAACAUGUGCAGUAUCAGGAGAAACAACAUCAAAGGGUCCCACGACGAAGAGGAGGAGAACGGGUUCGCGUUCCUGCAGUUGUUGGAUAUAGCGAGGAGUUUUGACGUGACGGAGGCAAAGGAUAAAGUUUACGGUUUGCUUGGGUUUCCAACAAGAGACGCGAGUCUUGAGACAGGUGUGUUUAUACGACCCAAUUACACACAGAGUUUGGCCGGUGUGUAUGCAGAUGUUGCGCGGAAGCUGCUGGUGAAGGAAGGCAAUCUGGAUGUGCUGUCGUUUGUCGUGCAUCCGGGGUGGCGCGAAAAUGUUGACGAACAGCAAAAAGAGAGCGUGAAACCAGAUACGGCGGCGGAGGACAUGCCAUCUUGGGUCCCGGAUUGGAAUGCGAAGGAGACCAUCUACCCGCUUGCUGGCUUUGGGCCGGGGAAAGCACACAAAGCUGGGCUUGGGCGUCCGCUCUGCCUCGAUUUCACUGAUCACAAUGAGAAUGAGACUGCCCUCUUCACGCUCAGACUGAGAGGCCAAGUAAUCACCACAAUACGCGACGUCGGUGCAGCUACUCCCUUCGGCCAACGCCAUAAAUCUGCGCCUGCGCUCAAAUCCCUCGUCUCAUGGUACUUAUCCACCGCCCGCCCGUCUGCCGAAAUUUUAACCAAAACCCUCUGCGCGCACCGAAACGCUGAUGGUAGUCUCAUACUCGAUGACGAAAAGAACAUCGCUGACUUCAUGGCAUUACUGCGCGAUCUUGAAUUAGACCUGGAAGCUACAUGGCCAGGGGCCGCAGCCACUGGCACUGAGAUGGAAGACACUAAGACUAGAACCGGCAAACAACUCGCUGAACUAGCGACCCAAAAAGGGAACCCAGAUACGGCGCGCGAAACGUUAUGGCUGUAUUCGUGCUAUCGUGCUCCCUUCAUCACAGAGAGUGGAGAGGUGGGAUUGGGCCCAGGGGCAGCGAGGGCGGGGGAUGCGAUUGUCGUGUUAUGGGGUGGACAGGUUCCGUAUGUGCUACGAAGAAACGACGACGGUAGAGAGGGGUGGGCAUUUGUAGGAGAGUGUUACAUCGAAAAGUACAUGACGGAGAAGGUUAUGUAUGGAAAAAGGGAGGAUGUUUUCGAGCUGCGGUGA